ACCCUCUCACACAUCGACAGGUUGAUUCUAGACACUGUCUGCUGUUCGGAUUUAACCAUGUAAUCUCUGAACGGGGUGAAAGUGACGAAACGCAACAACACCGUCUACAAAGCAGAAAGUGAAGCUCAUGGUCAGUUCUCUUGUGAUCGACGCACUCUUUUCUGAGGACAGCAAGACACUUGAGAUCCUGUCAUGGUAGACCUGUUCUUGGGGAAGGUUUUGGUGAAGAACAAUAAAGACAAAGAUGAGCUGGACACCGAGCGCGAGAUCAUCCUGCGUCUUCAGAACCGGAUCCUCAUGCUGUUCUUUGGCUCUGGUGAAUGUGAGAAGUGUCAGGACUUUGCCCCGAUGAUCAAAGACUUCUAUAAGAAACUAACGGAUGAGUUUUACGUGGAGCGCUCGGCGCAGCUCGUUCUGUUGUACAUCUCUCUAGACUCAUCGGAGGAGCAGCAGGAGAAGUUCCUGAAAGAGCUGCCCAAGCGCUGCCUUUUCCUACCCUACGAAGACACCUACAGGAAGGAGCUGGGCGUGAUGUUUGAAGUGCAAGACUUGCCCACUGUGGUGGUGUUGCGUCCAGACUGCUCGAUCCUCUCUCCGAACGCCGUGACAGAAAUCUCCACACUUGGGACGGACUGCUACCGCAACUGGCAGGAAGGGGCAGAGCUCAUCGAUAGGAACUUCAUGAUGAAUGAGGAAUUCGACGAGAGCAAAAUGCGCAGCAUGACAGACCCCAUCCGAAGACUCAAAUACAAGGUGGAGGAUAAGAAGAAGAAGGAAAAGAAGAAAGGGAUGAAUGCAGAAGAUGACAAUGAGGAUGAAAACGAUGGAGGGGGCGGGCCUUGGGGCUGAGCUGCCUCAUCCUGAUUGGCUGACUGAUGCUCUACUGACAUUAGUGAUCUGGUAUGGACAGUACAUGCUGUAGACAGUUGUGGAAAGUCAUAGAAUUGAACAGAUAAAGUUGGAGCAUUUAAAAGUAAGUUGGAAUAUCUUAAGCUGUUUUUGAAAUUAAAUGUUGAGUGUGGAGGUCGGGUGUGAACAUACUAUUUGCUAUGUAGUGUUCUCCAGACCAGUGGAGGAAACAAGAAGAACAAAGUUCUCAGUUCCAUAAUGCGAUUAUAUUUUAGCUUCUUGCUUAAUUAUUUUGUAUAUUUCUGGGAUUAUAGGUGUAAACUCAUAAACUGCAUAUAGAUGUUUGGUCUGACUUGUACAGUACAUGCAUCUGCAAUUUACAUGUUAUUUUUUUACACCUGCUUUUAUCAACAUUUAAUUACUAAUCUUCUUCGCCUUUAGGCUGCACCUGUUAGGGGUCGCUUUGGUAUUUGACUUAGCACAUGUUUUUUACGCUGGAUGCCUUUCCUGAUGCAACACCCUGUGGCUGGGGACUCUCAACAUUUUAAGUACUA